GUCCCCGUACAAAACACAUGGAUUGUUUACAGUUACAUCACGACCCAAAACACAGGAGCUUCUGGCCUUCUGCUACUGCUACCCUCUCAGCCAGCGUUGGCCGAAAUGGGACUCAGUUAGUGAAAAUGGCUCGUCAUAGUAAGAUUCAGCUGGAAGUGCUUCGCCUAUACAAGCAGUGUCUCCGAGCAGCUGAAAAGAAACCUGGGUUCUAUAAUAAUGUUCAGUAUGAGUUUAGAAAAAAUGCCACCAUUCCAAAGACUGAAAUCCUGCGUGUGGAGCACCUGCUGAGACAGGGAUGGCGCAAGCUUAAGAUGAUGCAGGACCCUUUUGUCAGUAGCAUGGGCCGCUUCCAGAAGUGAACAAUGUGAAUCUUUGAUG